AGAAAGAAAAAGGCAAAGAAUAUGCUUUGCUCUGCUCUGCAAACAUCCUUCCUUGAAAUUUAAAUAAUGCACAAAACAGUAGUAAAUUAUGAAAGUUAAAAUGCUUUUAGUAGUUUAGUAUCGGUUGCUAUGAUAUGAAUGCUUCUUGUUACGAUAGUCCAUCGUUAUCUUUAUGCCCUUUUGGUGUCAUUCUUUGAAACUUUCACGAGUUUUUCGUGCCCAUCUUUCCUUUUUCUUUUUCUCCCUCUUCUGACAAUCUUUAGAGAGAGAGAUUGAUCAGCAGCGGAGCAUGGAUUUUUUGCAAGAACCGACUUUUACUGCUUUUCUAGCUCUGGUUUUAUCUUUUCUUGUUGCAAAGAUUGUUGCUUUUGUUGUUUCUAACUCAGCUCCUGAUGCUGAUUCUGUUGUUAGUGAAGGUGUAGUGAAAGAGGUGAGUUUGGAGAGGGAAUUGGCGGUCAGGAGCGGGAAGGGGGAAAAGAGAGUGAAGUUUAUGGAUGAUGUUGUGAUCAGAAGGAUUGAUCGUUAUGAGGGGUCUGAAAAUCUUGUGUUGUUGGAUGAUGUUGAGGAGAAGAGCGUAGAUGAAAGUUCUGGACAAAUGGUUGAUCAAUUUGGAGGUGAUGGAGAUUAUGGAGUGAGAAAGAGUGAAGAAGAAUGUUAUGAUGAGAGAGAGAUGGAUGAUGCCGAAGUUGGAGGGAGUGGAAAAACUGAAAUGCUGUUUGAGGAAGAGGCUGGUGGUGAUAGGGAUGGUGUUGGUAGUGAGAAUGUGGAAGCUUUGGUGACUAGUGGGGUGAAAAGUGUGAGUGAUGAGAGAGAAGGGAAUGAGGAGAUGGUUGCAGGGGAUGUGGUGUUGGAGGAGGAGAAGAUGAGAGAUGAGAGUGAUGAUGAUUGGGAGGGAGUGGAGAGGAGUGAGUUGGAGAAAUGCUUUGCAGAAGCCGUUAACUAUGUGGAGUGUGGAGGGAAGGGGAAAGAGGUUGAUCGUUUGGUGAGAUUGGGGAGUGAUGUUCAGAUGCAGCUCUAUGGGCUGCAUAAGAUUGCACUCGAGGGGCCUUGCCUCGAGCCACAGCCAAUGGCGCUCAUGGUUUCUUCUCGUACGAAAUGGAAUGCAUGGCAAAGGCUGGGAAGCAUGAGCCGGGAGCUGGCUAUGGAGCACUAUAUUCAACUCUUGUCGGAGAAUAUACCUGAAUGGAUGCACAACUAUUCUGCUGAUGAUGAGAUUCAGAGAAAGAUGGAACCAAAAGAUGAAAUAUCUGUUGCUGAGUGCAAGAGGGGAUCAGAACCGAGCACCACACAUGUCGGUGAUUGUAACACUAGCGAGAAUUCUAUGGAUAAGGUUGAUGCUGUAUAGCAGCGUGAAGAUAUUAGUAUCACCUCUUUACCAGUUUAGCUUCUGGGCGAAACUGUCAUGUAAUUUGUCAGUCCCUCUGACCUCUGAUAUUUCAUCUAUAUCGUUUUUUUUUUAUCAUUUUUAUUUUAUAAAACUAGAGUAUCUCUUACAUGGUAUGAUUUGCAUGUUAACAAUAAACAGGGGUUUAAGGAUUCAAGAUUUACUGGAGGAGCCAAGGUAAGGACAUUUUACUGAGUGCCUACUAAUUGUUAUUACUAUUCAGGGUUUGUUGCAUGUAAAACUAAAACUUCUCAUGUGUUGUAUGUAAAAACGAUCACCAAUAUUCAUAUUUAUACUUGUAUUUCGUGUUGA